UGUCUGCAUGUUCCCGGUGGUUUCGGGCUGUUGUUGUCCGUCGGUGCCCCGUUACUCUGGGCUCAUGUUGGCGUUUAACGGCGGACCGUCCGGAGCUGCGGCGCACGUUCAUGGAGGAAACGUGAAGUUUUAGCGGAGAGGACCGGAUGCGGAGGUGAGCUGCUGCCGUAAGCGUGAUGUGUUGGGAUGGAGGAGGCGGAGCAAAGCCACUACGUCUCCCAGCUGAAGGCCGAGUUCGACAGCUGCGACACGACGGCCACCGGCUUCCUGGACCGAGAGGAGCUGACGGCGCUCUGCAGGAAGCUGCAGCUGGACGCCCACCUGCCGCUGCUGCUGGACACGCUGCUGGGAGGACGCACUUACGCCAGGGUGAACUUUGAGGAGUUUAAAGAGGGCUUCGUGGCCGUCCUGUCUCGCUCUCUGGACUUCAGCACAUCAGAGGACGACAGCAGCUACCUGGAGCCAGUUGUUCCAGAGGAGGUGAAGCCAAAGUUUGUGAAGGGAGCGAAGCGAUACGGCCGUCGCUCACGUCCCGACAGCAAACCCGACGCCGCGUUGACCUGCGACUCGGAGGACUCGCCGCCGUCCAGAGCAGAAGCCACAGACUCGUCACCGGUCGGCGUCCGCAGGGCCAAACUGAGACGGUCAACGUCUCUGGAGAGUGUUGAGAGCCUGAAGUCUGAUGAGGAGGCAGGAAGUCAGAAGGAGAACACCGAGUCAGACUUUCAGUCUAAAGGUCCUCAGCAGGAGGAGGUGGAGCUGGGAGUUAUUACAGGAGGUGGAGACGUGCUGACACCAGAGGAGCUGCACCUGCUGCUCGGCAGGGCGGAGGCUGACGUCCACAAGGUUCUGUGUGGCUCCGCCCCUGUCUCCUGCUCCACCCCCCUACGACUAGCUGACCUGCAGAGGACGGCGCACAGGGUCAGACGCUCACUGCUGCACACACAUAAUUCUCAGGCAGCGUCAGAGGGGCGCUCGGCUCGCUCCACCUCGCCCUCCCUGCUGACGGCCACGGUGGGUCAGAGGGUCCUCAGCCGGCUGGACGACGGCUCAGGAUGCAGCAGCCCCGAGCGGGUCAUCGCUCUGUGGACCGAGGAGGGCAUCAGGAACAGCCGGGACAUCCUGCAGACUCUGGACUUCUCUCUGGAGGAGCGACUCAGUCUGGCAGACCUGACUCUGGCUCUGGACAACGAGCUGCUGGUCGGCGGGAACGGAAUCCACCAGGCGGCGCUCAUCUCCUACAAGAACGAGAUCCAACACCUGCAGCUGGUGGCGGAGCAGGCCUGCAGACAGCGGGACAAGGCGAAGGCAGACCUGGAUCUGGCUGAUCAGAGGAACCUGCAACUGGUCAGAGAGGUGGACGACCGUCACGCCAACAUGGAGACGCUCAACCAGAGCAGGAUCAGGGACCUGGAGCAGGAGUUCCGUGAUAGGCUGACGGCUCUGCGCAGUCAGUUGGAGCAGGAAAGCGAGACUCAUCUGCAGCAGGCGGAGAGAGAGCGCAGCACGCUGCAGGGCGAGCUGCGGCAACUGCGAGCGCAGGAGACGCAGCUGCAGGAGGAGCUUAGCAGUGCCACGCAGGAAAACACUCGUCUGGAGGAGGAGCUGAGCGUUUUGAAGCAGAAGCUGACUGAAGCUGAAAGCUCAGUGAACAGACUGCACAGAGACCUGGACCAGCUGCUGCAGGACAAGUUUGGCGGUUUGGACCCGGCAGCUGCUGGUCUGAGUCAUGAGGAGAGGUUCUCCGAGAUGGUGGGAGAGUGCGAGCUGCAGUGCCGGGAGCUGCGGGACAGAAAUGAUGAGCUGAGCUCAGAGUUGGAGCUGCUGAAGGGUCAGAGGUGCGACAGGAAGUCCAGACGGUCAACAGGACCUGCCGCCACUCUGAGCUGGACCGAACAACACUCAGUCAGCGGCGAAUCAGACUCCGACGAGUCGGACGUGAAGCCCAGCUCAUCUCCUCUGGACAGGAAGAAACUGCAGGCAGCAGAUAAAACUGCGCUGUCCACGCUGGACGGCGUCUCCGGUCCUGCUGUCAGCAUUCAGACUGAACUGGCUCUGGAGCAGCUGAAGCAGAAACACAGCCAGGAGCUGCAGCAGCUGCACAUCCAGCUCGAGACGCAGGUGAACUACUACGAGCGCAGCCUGGAGCUGAUGAGACACAGCAUGGAGGUGGAGCGUAAAGACAUCUCUCAGGCCUUCAAGCUGGAGAUCAGCGAGCUGGAGGAGCAAAAAGCUCAGGCGGAGCAGCAGGUGAAGCAGCUGAAGGAGACGCUGGACAAACUGCAGGCUCAGAUCCAACAUGGAGGAGGGUGGAGCAACGAGCAGGAGCGCAGGAUGCAACGGGAGCGGGCGGAGCUCGAGCAGAACUUUGCCAGAGAAAUCGGUAACCUGGUCCAGAGGCUGAGUGCUGAGAAGGAUCAGCUGGAGGUCGAGCUGAAGCUGAGGAUGGACCAGGAAGUGAUGCUGGUCAGGGAGGAAGCAGAGCAGCAGCUUUCCCAGAUGAAGCUACAGCACGCCGAGGCUCAGCGCCGCCUCCUCCACCAACUCCACCGGGAGCGCCAGCGGCUGCAGGAGCAGAGAGGCUUCUGGGAGAACCGACUUGCCCAGUCAGAGCAGGAGGAGAGAGCCAGGGAGGAACAAGUGAGGAUCUGCAGUCAGUUCUCCUCAGAGAAGAGUAGGGUGGAGGAGCAGCACAAGCAGGAGGUCUGUCAGCUGAAGGAGCAGAUCUCCAGCUUACAGGAGGUCAUCCAGAACUCCCAUCUCCAAAUCAACCAAUCGGAGGCCAGGUUAGAGGAGUUCAGAGAGCGCUGUGGUCAGUUAGAGGAUGAUCUUAAAGCUUCUCAGGGGCGCUGCUCUGAGCUAGAGGCCAGGCUGGAGGAGGCCUGCACUCAGCUGAAGGAGAGCAUCACCUUCCUGGAGUCUCAUGAGGUUUUGAAUAAACACCUCGCCUCAGAGAAGAGCUCUGUGGAGGAGAAGCUGCAGCUGGUGAAGACCGAGGAGGAACAACUCCUGCUUCAGGUGACCCAGCUGAAAGAGGAGCUGGGACAUCUCCAGGCUGCCUCCAACAGCGUCCUGCAGGACAGGGAGGUGGUUGCCGAUAACUGCAGCCGCCUCUCCGAUGCCUUCGUCCAGCAGCAAGCCCAGCUUCGAGCCAGAGAGCAGACUGUCGGUGCCCUGAGGUCAGAACUGGAGAGUCUGCAGGACGUUGUGAGGAACAAAGCUGAGUGUCUCUCCAAACAGACUGCUGAGUUGGACUUGUUGAAGACGGACCGAGACAGGCUAAUCCAGGACCUGAAGGACCAGGCCAUGGCUGUGGACACCCUGCAGCUGGAACUGGACGCCGUCUCUGAGGAGUUGGACCGGAGGAAGAGCGCUGAGGGGGCUCUGCAGGAGGCUCUGAAGCAAGAGCAGACCAUGACCUCGCAGCUCCAGGCCAGUCUGACGGAGGAGAAGGAGGAGGUCUGUCGUCUGAGCCGGGAGAAUGGAAGCUACACCCGGCUGGCUGACCAGCUCUCCACCCAGAUCGUAGAGAUGGAAGAAGAGAUCUCCACACUCAGAGAACAUCUGAAGGAAAUCAGCUCCCAGCUCAACGAGACUGCAGACCUGGUCCUGGGCCUCAGGAGGCAACUUAACACCAAAACCAGCGAGGUGGACCGGCUCCGGGCCGAGGUGGCGGACGGCGCUGAUGUCUUGCGUCAAGCCAAGGCCUCAUCUGAUAAGCAUCACGGUGAAGUUCAACAGCUUACCAGCUGGCUGGAAGCGAAGGACAGCGAGCUGGCCCUGGCCAGACAGCAGGUCCUCCACCUGCAGCAGGACCUGCAGGACUCCCAGAAGCAGCUGAGGAUGGCAGAGGAGCAGUUUGAACAGGAGAAGAGGAGGAUGACGCAGCAGCUGAUGGAGCUGGAGAAGCUGGUCCUGGCCCUGGAGGAGGUGAUGGACCCAGCCAGUCCACACAGGACUCAGCUGGAGGAGGUUCGAUCGGAGAAUGGAGCUUUGCAGGAGCGACUGAGCGUCCUGCAGCAGGAGGUGCGCAGCCUGGAGGACGACGUCUCCAAGAAGAGGAGGAAACUGGAGGAGAUGGACAGAGAACGUGAGAGGAGCAGAGAGGAGGAGGAAAGGCUGCACAAAGAGAACUCCAGGUAUCGUGAGGAGGUCCUGGAUCUUAGCAGCAGGAACCUGCAGCUCAGCAACGACAACGCCGAGAUUAGCGCCCGUCUCCACGGAGACCAGGAGUCGGUCCGGAUGCUGCAGGAGCGCCUGGCGAUGGUCUCCAAGGAGCAGGAGGAGGAGGGAGCGUUGGUGCGGCAGCUGCAGGAUGCAGCGCUGCGGCAGGAGAUGGAGAAGCUACAGCAGCAGGCGGCCUGGGCGCAGGAGAGGCAGCAGCUUGAGAGGGAGCUCAGCUCCUACAAGGAGAAGCUGGGUCGUCUGUCGGAGCUGGAGGCGGAGCUCAGCACUGCGACUCUGAAGCUGCAGUGCUUAGAGGAGGACAAGACCAAACUGCUGAGAGAGGCAGAUGACCGAAAUGAAAAGGUGGAGAAGCUUCAGCAGUCGCUGCCCUCUCUGGAGUCGGAGGCCGAGCUGCUUCGCUCUCAUCUCCACGCCAUCAAUCAGGAGAAACUCGGCCACGCCCAGGAAGUGACCGACCUGCAGAAGGAGCUGCAGGACGCUCAGAAAAAGGUGGACCAGUUGGAGACCAGCGUCAGAAAGCUGAUGAGGGACAAAGAGGAGCUCCAUCAGGCUCUGGAGGAGCAGGAGGAGCAGACUUCCCUGACUGUGCAGGAGAGGACGCACAAACUGAGAGUCCAGAACCAGGAGCUCCAACACAAGCUGUCAGAGCUGCAGGUCCAGAGUGUGGAGGUCCAGAAGCUGACCCAGGAGCAGCAGAGCCUGAAGGCCAAACUGAACGAGAUGGAGGUGGCGCGGACGCAGGCUCGGGACCAGGCGGCUCGGGCUGACACCACCCUCAGUCUGGUUCAGGCGCAGCACGUCAGGCAGCUGCAGGAGCUGCAGGAGCAGUCGGGCGACAGCUGCAGGCAGCAGGUGGAGCUCCUGCAGGCCCACCUGGUGGAGGAGCAAAGGAGGAGUCAGCAGCUGGAGGAGAUGCUGAGACUUCAGGCUCAGCAGAGCAGCUCCCAGAUCAGCACGAAGCAGGAUCAGUACGAGAAGGCGAUGUCUUCCCUGCAGCAGAGGAUGGAGGAGCUGGAGACCAAACUGAAGGGAGUCCGGAUGGUCCUGCAGGAGAAAGUCCAGCAGCUCAAAGAACAGCUGGCGAAGAACACAAAGUCCAGCAUGUUGUUGAAGGAUCUCUACGUGGAGAACUCUGAGCUGAUGAAGGCUCUGCAGGUCACUGAGCAGCGGCAGAAAAAAGCAGAGAAGAAGAACUUCUUGUUGGAGGAGAAAGUCAACGCGCUCAACAAGCUGCUGAGGGAGAUCGUCCAAGUGUCGUUUGCCACGUAGCUGCUGAUCGAGAACCGUUGGUGGUCCGAGACCGGUUUCACUAAAGCAGCUUCAGCACUUGUUGAGACGAGCUUAGACUGACAGCUAGCAGGAGGAAGGUGUUAGCUGCACUCGGAGAAGUCGACUAAUUUAACCAGUCUGAACAAAGAGAUUAGAAACAAAAAUUUACGGCAGACUUCACGUGUGGACUUGCAGCCCUUCAGAGUAAAAGCAGGACGGAGUCUGACUGAUCGGCCAUUCAGAGCGCAGGCAGUUUAUUGCAGUCAGCCUGAGCUCUGGGUUGGCUGCUACCACACUUACAUCCUGCAUUACAAAUGAAAAUUAUGAUGUCCUCACUUUUUUAAUUAUUUUGUAAUUUGUGUGCACUAAAUAUAUGUGUUUAGUCCUUUGAGUCUCUGGGGCCUCUGCAGUUUCUUGUUAUCAUUUAUUUUAAAGUGGCAAAACAAAGUAUGUUCUUAUUUCCACCAAAUUACUUUUAAAUAAUUGUGAGUUUUUUGUCAGUGGUGGGAGCUUGGAUUGUGAGCAGGUCGAUGUGAGGUUUGACUCACAGGUAAAGGUGUGUGUGUGGGUGGGGCCUUUUACAUGAGUCAUCACCUGUAAUGGCUUCUCCUCAACAGGUGAAUGUUUGCUGUCCUCCAUGAAGCUGCUUUACACAAACUGAACUUCUAGAAAACUUAAGGAAAUCCAGUCUGACCAGUACACACACACACACACCCCACCAGUGUGAAGUAUUUCAGCCAUGAGGAUAUUAUCUUCCUUUGUUUUAUACAUCUGAUUUUUAAUGUGAGACUUUUAUUUUGUGAAGGUCGAGUCUGUUUCUCUGCUCUCUUGAUCUUGUUCAGUUUCUUGUCUGUAGUUUUUCCCUCAGAGUGAGACCUCUUCCUCCGCUCGGCUUCCGUUCAAAUACAACAAACCAAAUCACACCUAUUUGUGGGUGGGACGGGCGGACAGACAGACAGACCUCCAUGUACGAUAAUGUGACAUGAAAACCACAUUAAAUUAUGUUUUUAUCCUCA